AUGACGAGCACACAACCAGCCGUGCUUGCGCGCAUCGAUGAGCUGAUCACCCAUUUUGUGCGUCAGCUCGUCUUGCAGGAUGCGGCUCUCCAACAGCCCACGCCACCAUUGUCGCUCUCCUCCGCUGACUCGCAAGCGUCAUCUAGCGAUCGACCAGCCAAGCGACGCAGAGCAGCACGAGAGGCAAAGCCCAAAGUGACACCCAUGAGACUGCUCAGCUUCGCCCAAGAUGGGGAGCGGAAGGAGAGCAACGUGUCUCCGCUGACCAGCUUGAAAGAGAUCAACACGGGGAGCAGGGACAUCUUCUACCAGUGCCUCCAACUGUUCCGCACCCAGGCCGCGUCGGACCGCAUCAUCAACCAGAUUGUCACCUUGCUCGGCUGUGCGGCUCGGGCGGAGCUCAACAUCGUUGCUAGCCCACGCGGGAUGAUCGCUGGACCGCUAACCCUGGUGCCACCGCGGCAGGAAGCGAUCAAGUGUAGGGCGGGACAAGCGCGAUUCAUCCCGCCCGAGGUCGGUGUUGGGUGGAGAGUUGACCUUCAAUGCACGCCGGAGUGCGCUUCUGCAAGGUGUGCGCAUCUCGUGCUGGUGGUGGAGAAGGAGGCGGUGUUCAAAACCCUUCUCCAGCACCAGGCCUUGGCUUCGAAUGCCAGCUCGAUAGAUUGGGGACGAGUCGUCAUCGUUACGGCCAAAGGCUAUCCAGACCACGCCACACGCACACUGCUACGUCUGCUUUCGUCCUCUCAGUGCCAGUUCGGCCGCGAGAUUCGGGUGCUGGGACUGUUCGAUGGCGAUCCGUACGGCGUGCACAUUCACCACCAGUUCGGGGUACAAUGGCUCGGUGUUGAUGUGGAAGACUUUCUUCCCCCCAACGAAGGUGGGGCAUUGGUACAGCUGCGCAACGACGAGCGGACGAUGGCGGUGCGUCUGCUCCGCACUCUGCCUCGAGACGAAGUCGAAAAGAGGACGAGGUUGACAACCAUGCUCCUGACGGGGUACAAAGUGGAGAUCGAGGCAGCGUACGACGUUUCCUCUGGCCUCGUCGGGUAUGUUGAGCACAAACUUUCGGAGUUGUCAUGA